GCUGGGCCGGGGGCGGGCCUCCGCCUGCUUCGCCUGAGCCCGGAGAGCACCCGGCACGGCGGCCGCCGCCACAGCAGCGAGCCUCGCUCGCGGAUACCCGAGACGCGCGGGGUCCCGAGGGCCCGGGCGGGCGCUGCGUGAAGAUUCGCGAGGCGGCGUGGGGCGGGCCGCACGCGCCCCCGCCUGCCCCCCGCCCGCGCGCGGACUGGCCCAGCGCAGCCCCGGCGCGGGGAGCGCCGGCCGGGCAAGGGCGCGGGCGAUGCCGCGGUGACGGCCCAGCCAUGGCGAAGCCCCCUGCGGCGGCGGCGGCGGCGGCGGCGUCGGAGGAGCUGAGCCAGGUGCCGGACGAGGAGCUUCUGCGCUGGAGCAAGGAGGAGCUGGCGCGGCGGCUGCGGCGCGCCGAGGGCGAGAAGGUGGGCCUCAUGCUGGAGCACGGCGGCCUGAUGCGCGACGUGAACCGGCGGCUGCAGCAGCACCUGCUGGAGAUCCGCGGCCUCAAGGACGUGAACCAGAGGCUGCAGGACGACAACCAGGAGCUGCGUGAGCUCUGCUGCUUCCUCGACGACGACCGGCAGAAGGGGCGCAAGCUGGCGCGCGAGUGGCAGCGCUUCGGGCGCCACGCGGCCGGCGCCGUGUGGCACGAGGUGGCCCGCUCGCAGCAGAAGCUGCGCGAGCUCGAGGCGCGCCAGGAGGCCCUGCUGCGCGAGAACCUGGAGCUCAAGGAGCUGGUGUUGCUGCUGGACGAGGAGCGCGCGGCUCUGGCGGGGGGCGCGGGCGGCGUGGGCGGAGGCGGCGGCGCGGGUUCCCGCAGCUCCAUCGACAGCCAGGCCAGCCUGAGCGGGCCGCUGGCGGGCGGCGCGGCGGGCACGGGGGCCCGCGACGUGGGCGACGGCAGCAGCACGUCGAGCGCGGGCAGCGGCGGCAGCCCAGACCACCACCACCACGUCCCGCCCCCGCUGCUGCCCCCAGGCCCGCACAAGGUCCCGGACAGCAAAGCCGUACCCACACGCAGGUCCCUGGACGACCUGUCGGCGCCACCGCACCAUCGAAGCAUCCCUAAUGGCCUGCACGAUCCCUCGUCCGCCUACGUCAGACAGCUGGAGACCAAGGUGAAGCUGCUGGAGGGGGACAAGCUCCUGGCACAGCUGCCCUGCCCCCACGUCCCGCCGAGGAGCUGGCUUCAGCAGGCAGGCUGUGGAGAGUUCCGGACGCUGCGGAAAGGCUUCUCCCCAUACCACUCGGAGUCCCAGCUCGCCAGCCUGCCCCCCUCCUACCAGGACGCCCUGCAGAAUGGCCCGGGCUGCCCCGUGCCCGAACUGUCCUCACCCCCCUCGGCCGUCUACAGCCCCCCAGGACAGAAGCCCGAGGCCGUGGUGCAUGCAAUGAAGGUCCUGGAGGUGCACGAGAACCUGGACCGGCAGCUCCAGGACAGCUGUGAGGAGGACCUGAGCGAGAAGGAGAAGGCCAUCGUCCGAGAGAUGUGCAACGUGGUCUGGAGGAAACUGGGGGAUGCCGCCAGCUCCAAGCCCUCCAUCCGGCAGCACCUGUCUGGGAACCAGUUCAAGGGGCCUUUGUAGGGCCUCUCCUCCGUGAACACAGACUGUCCCUGCCCGGGGUCCCCAGGGAAAGUGGCGAGCCUUCUGGCUUGAGCCACUGUCGUCUUCUGUGAUGAAUUGUACAUAGGAUGCUGCCUGCGUGGGUCCGACCCACUGCUGGCUGGGCCCCCCAUCACCCCCAUCUCUCACACCAGCAAACCGGGAAGCCGAGCAGCUGCCUGCCCAAGGUUCCCUGCAGCCCGGUGGCCUCUCCGGCCCCGGUGUCAAUGGAAGGCGGCUCUCAGACGCCAGGCCCCGGGACUGUGUGGGCUGGGCCUGCACCUCCUCGAGCCCUGGCUUCCUCUGCCCCCUGGCUGCCACUGCACUGGGCCACGGCUACUGGCAGCUGGACCUGGUGCGGGCGGCACUUUUCAUCCACCUGCUGUCACCUGGACACUAGCUCCCCAGUGUUCUGGACACCGGGUCCCCUGAGCUGUGGACGGGGUGCUCCUGAGGCCCUUCCCUUGGCCUGUGCCCUGCCCCCUGCUGCCAGCUGCCACUUGGUUUUCGGGUUCACACUCCCCUACCCUCCAAUAUCACCCUGCCCUGUGCCAGGGGUGCCCUCUCUCUCCGGUGGCUCCUUGCCCAGGCAUCCCCAUUUUCAUGGUUCUCAUGAUGGGCCAGGAACACGGGGAGGCUGAGCAGACCCCCGGCUGAGCCGCACAUGCCCCCCUCACUGCAUGGGUAGCACCGGGUCACGCCUUGGCCUCCGGUCCGCCGUGUCCCCUGGAGCCCCGCCCCACCCUCACUCACUGUGGACAGAGCUGCACGGCUGGGACAGGAGUUCUGCCCUCCCGGGAAGGAAUCUGACCUGGCUCUGGCGGGAAUUUGCUGAGUGACCUUCGCUCAGCCUCUCUCUGCCCCUGGUGCACAGUGCGGGCCCAGUGGUGCUCUCAGCCGUGUGUGUGUGUGUGUGUGUGUGUGUGUGGUGGACGCCAUCGGCUGCUGCCUGCCUGUGCUCUCAGCACUGCAGCCAAUGGCGUCACCUGCAGGGGGCUGGGGGGCUGGACCCAUGCCACGUUCUGCUGCCUCUUCCGGUGGACCGACCCCCCUGCCCCGACCGAGGUAGGGUCGGGGCACAAGGAGCUCCUUGUGGGCUCUGAGGGUCAGAUGAGACCAUCGGUAUAAAUGGCCGAGUAUACACUGUCAGGUGUGGUGUGUGUCUCCAAGUUUGUGUUUGAGGAGAAGGAGGCCCAGAGGGGUAGGCGAUCCAUGGCUCCCCGCCUGUGAGACCCCGGGGCCUGGGGGCAGACAGGGCCGGUUGAUGCUGCUGGGAGGCCCUGGUGUCCACUCGCUUCUUGCCCAUCCUCCGACUUCCCUGUUCCGGCAGCACUGGGGGUUGCCGCAGCCUCCUGAGGCCCCGGGGUCUUGUCUUUGCAUCAGGGAGCCUCGUCCAGGCCCUUGUGAGGGACGGGGGGCCAGGACCCAGCUGUUCCCACUGUCCAUUUGCCAUUGGGGCGACACUCUCAGGGGAAAGGCGUGCAGCCCUCAUUCCCAGGGAGCCGAGGGGGCCCUGCUGAUGGCCGCAGGCACGUCCCUCCUGCCCUGGGCAUGACAGGGAGCCAUGGGCUCUUUCUGGAAGGAACUUGCCAUCAGGUCAGGUGGUGAGCUCCCUGUCAUGGGGGGUGUGCACUUGGAGCAGGGUGAGCAGCCUUGGUCAUGGCACUGUGUGAUCACUGCCCAGGUGGGCAGCGAGCUAGUAGACAGAGGCCCUGAUCUGGUCUUGCAGUCCAAUGAGCCAGAGCAGCUUGAGGGCCCUGAGUCCAUUUCAGUGGGAGCCAUGUCUGGGAGCCCCUUCGCCAUGUUUGGUUCAGGUUGGCUUUGCCACAACUGACAAUAAGCAAUAAGGAAGGUCUGCUGGUUCCUGCUGACCCCGCAGCUGACCCUGGGAGGGCAGCCUCACAGGGAUCCUCCCCUCUGGAGGGAGGCGACCCUGCCCUGGGCCGCCGUGGCUCCCGGGGCAGAGUUCCUGCCAGAGCCCUCCUGCCUGCCAUCUGGGCAGGACCAGCCGGUGCAGAGACCCUCCUGUGCCCCCUGCCCGUGUCCCCAUGCCAGCAUGGCGUGGGGUGGCUUUCUAGGGCAGGACUAUGCCUGUGACCGUCACCUUGCUAAUGUCAUCAGCUGCGGGAAAGCUGCUACAGCCACUCUGCCUGACUCCACACUAGGUCCGUUUGCAGCUGCGGGGUGGGGAGGCCGCAGGCUGGGGAGCCCCAAGGGGGCCUCAGCACAGGGGUCGCCAGGGGCCAGCCAGGGGAACCCCAGCUCUGCCACUAAAGGGGGGUGUGUGGGGUGACACUGGGUGACCCUCCUCCCUUCCGGAGCCUUAGCUCUGAGAGCUCACGGUGGGCAGGGGUGUCGGUGAGCUUGGUGUCCUUUCGUAAAGGUCCCCUUCAUUUCUGAACCCCCUGCUUCUAGAUCCUGAAGCCACGGGGCCACCUGCCCUGGGGCUCCAGUUCCCACUGUGACAGAGGCCACCCUUCCAGCCUCACCCCCAGGUGUGAAGCCUGCCUGGGACCGCAGCCCACUGGGCACAUUUUCUAGGGUGGCAUGUUUUUAUCCAGAGGUGGUCAGCUCUACACAUCAGUGUUUAAAAAGUGACCUUCCACUUUUUUUUUUUCCUUGAAAACUUGAGAGGAAACAAAGUACUACUGAUUUUCUUUUUUAACAACGCAUGACUACAGAGCGGGAGAGGUGUGUAUUUUUCACCGUGCGGGAAGGGUCUGCUGCUUUCUGGAACUGGCUGGACCGCCUGGUUCCUGUCCCCGCGCCCUAUUUUCUGUAGGAUGUGUCCCGAGAACUGGGGCCAGCCCCUCGGCUCCAGCCCAUUUCUACCUUCUAUCGAACCCCUUUGAUAUGGGGGAAGAGCGAAAGAAAUAGAACUUUUUGAUAGUGUGGUAAAAACAUUGAGCUAUUUUAGUACGAGGUAACAGAAGAGUGUGACGGUGUAUACUUUGCGCUAGAUAAAUAAAGGCUCUUUGCAGGCCUCC